AUGCCUAUCAUCUGGGAUCUAAUGCCAAGUUUCGACAAAGAAAAAGGGGACUACCGCUACAACAAGAUUCGCAGGAGACGGAACGGGGCCGAAUACUACUGGGAAAGCAAUUUUGGGUGGUUGCUUCGCAAACUUCACAGGAUGAACAUCCAGCUGCAGCCGUUCGAGAAGAAGCUGUACGAGGAACACCCAGCCACGACCAACCGGUCGUCGGCCGAAGUGGCCGCAUACAGAAGGGCCAACGGGAUUUCGAGCAUCGAGGCGCGACGCGACUGCACUUCGCCCACGUGCAUCGAGGCACACUGCUGGCCCAUCGCACUCACGUGCAGGAACUUUCUGGGCAUCGCGGAGACGGGAUCGCACAAGACGCUCGCAUACGUCCUGCCGGCAGUCAUCCACGUCAGCCGGCAGCCGCCCCUGCAACACGCUGACGGACCCAUCGCCGUCGUUCUGGCUCCGACACGAGAGCUGGCCAACCAGAUUCACCUCGUGUGCUCAGAGCUCGGUGAGCGCGCCGGAGUGCGCAGUGUGUGCGCCUCGAACGGGGAGCCCAAAGAAGAUCAGUACGACGAGCUGAGGAAGGGCUGCCACAUCUGCGUGGCCACGCCUCGACGCCUCAUCGAGUUCCUCGAGGAAGGCAAGGUGAAUCUGCGCCGCUGCACGUACCUCGUGCUGGACGAGGUAGACCGCAUGCUGACAAUGGGUUUCAAGCCCCACGUCCUCAAAAUUACCGAGCUCUGCCGGCCGGACCACCAGACGAUAAUGUGGGUCACAUCCUGGCAAAGCGAGCUCAAGCCGUUUGUCGAGGAUCUGCUUGACGACUACGUCGAAGUCAAGUUCGGUACGGUGCAGCUACCCGCUCAAAACGGCGUGGAAAUGACCGUCGACGUGUGCCAGGAGGAAGAGAAGGAUGGGAAACUCGCCGAGCUCUUGGACGAGGUCCUCAAGGAGAAGUCAAAGAAAGCCGUUGUGUUCACUGACACGGGGAGGAAGGCCGACGAGAUUGCGUGGAAGCUGCGACUCCGGGGAUGGUCUGCCUUUGGUCUUCGCGGAAAGAAGACCAAAGAGGAGCGCGAGUGGAUCGUUUCCUUGUUCCGGACUGGUACGUCGAGAGCUCUCGUGACGACGGACAAGGUUGCGCAUGACUUAGUCCUAGAUAACGUGGGGCUGGUCGUUAACUACGACUGCCCGGACUGCUCGGAGGUCUACGUGCGCAGGUCGAGCCACGUUGCACGCUCAGGUGAACCAGGCGUGGUUCACACCUUCAUCCUUCGAACCCAGCAGGUGCACGCCAUGAACCUGACAGCGAUUCUGAAGGACGCCAAUCAGCCGGUCGAGCCAGAACUCUACAACAUGGCAAAAAAAGGUCGUUCCAAAUGA